AUGGACCACCACAAUGAUAUUGUGGAUUUAAUUUCAUCAUUAUUGGAUUCUGGAAAAUAUAAAGAAGCCCUAAGUAUACCAUAUGAAGAGAAAUUUGAACAAAGCUUUAAAGAUAACUGUUGGGAUUUAAUAUCAAUAAUUACAAGCAAAAUACAAGAUGAUACUAUUAUCAUAAAACCAUCCUUGCAUGGUGCCUGUGAAGAAUUACUAAAAAUUAUUGUAGAAAAAGCAACACCUGAAGAAGCACUAUUAGAGUUUAUUGAACAAUUAGAAGUUGCAAAAAAUGAUUCUCAGUUUAGUAUAAUUUUGAUUCCAUUGCAAUUGCUGUUAAAGAAAUUACAUCUUAAACGUGGACGAUCUUUAGAAUGGUGUCUCAAUUCUAUCACCACUUACUUAGAAACAAUCCCCAUACCUAAUUACAAAUUAGAAGGAGUGGAGCGCUUAUUGAUAGAUUGUGAUAAUAAUAUGAGAAGAAUUGUAAAAGUUUACUCAAUGAUACCACCUUUUUAUAAACCAUUUAUUGAAGAGUUAAAUAAGGAAGACAAUAUUGUAAAAACAAAAGAAAUUAUUUGUUCGUUUCUAAUCAGUCUUUUAGGAAAACCAAUGAUAUACAUUGAUUUGGAUCCCGAUUCCAAUGCUCAAAGUGAAGCAAGACAGUUAUGUGCUACAAUAAUUGAAGAUAUUUGUGUGUUAGAAAAAAAUGUGAUUAAAUUUUUAACAUAUGUUGAAGUGUGUAGUAGAGAAAGGGAAACAUCUAAAUUGAGAAAAGAUUCAGAAGAAGAUAUUUCACCUUAUGAUCAUAGGGAAAAAAUCAAUAUGACUUCACUUUCUGGAUUGUUUUAUACUAUAUUCUCUGAUCAUUUUCAAAUUAUGGAUACUGCAAUACCACAAGUUUACUCUAACGAAUACAUUGUUCACACUACACUUCUUACUGUAAAUUAUUUGUUAAACUAUACAGAAUAUGGUCCUCUCACUAAAGCUUUAUCUUUGUGUAAAUCUCUUUUAAAUCGUUUCCCAACUAAUGCUUCAUAUGUGUUCCUGUCAUUACCAGUACACAUUGAUCUAGUAAAAGGUUUAGUCAAAGUUGCAAUAUAUUCAGAUUAUGAAGGGAUUCGUAAAACUGCAGUAAAUUUGAUUGGUAUACAUAUAAAUAAAUUUGAAUACAAGGGAAGAUGUAUGCUCAUUAAAUGUUUAUUAGAAAUUGCAAACCAUUCUGGCAUGAUAGGCUAUGCCAUUACUUUAUACAAGAAUUCCAUUAAUGAAUCUUUUAAAAAUCCAGUGCUAGAUGAGUGUUUUACUGGUGCACAAUUAAUGGACAUGAUAAAAAAAAUUUGUUAUCUACCACAUGGCGCAGAAUCCGAUUUAGUAGAAUUGGCUGAUCAAAUAAUCACAGCAUUGAACUUUUUAAGAUACCUUGUUCUAAAAGAUACCACAAACCAGACUGGAAUAAGGGAAAAUCUAACUUACAUUGAAACUGAAUAUUUAGAGAAAUUGAGGACUGGUUUAAAUAUGUCUAAGGCACACUAUGAAGUAAAAUUAAAAGAUAUAGAAGAAAGCAAGUCUAAAUCUGAUGAGCAUAUUAAUGUGUCCAUUAAUAUUGGGGGCAAUGUUUUGGAUAAAAUACCAAUGGAAAACAAGAAAGAAAUAAUACAUUCAGCUUUAAAUGCUUUUCAUUUAAUUGAAGGCCUCUCAGCUAGAUUAUCAGAAUGCAUUAAUCUUACAAAAAUUAAGUGUUAA